AUAUGCUCCUUGUCUGAUACACACGUGCCCUUGCAAGGCAAACUUCGAUUGGCUGGGACUAUUUUUUAAGUGGUGUACCAUGUGCACUAGCACCUUGAGAUGCACUAGUGUACUAGGACUCGUUCAGCAUUAUAGUGAGUUGGGAGAAUUUCUGAAAAAUAGUGACCGUUGAAGUUGCGUUGAUUAUAUGUAUAUGCUACAAUUGGAUUUGGAUUAUAUGGGUAGGCUCCCGGUUGGUGUCAAACUAACCUAUGUAGCCAAAUUAGACUAAAGAUGUGGGUUGUAGGUCAGAUGGAAGAUCUUUUUUUUUUUGCUUAAAGUAAUAAAGUGCCCAUUUUCGAAAAAAAGAUAGAAGAUCGUUUUUGAGGAUGGUCAGACAUGCGUGGCAGGGCCUGUUGGACAGGUUUGGCAUUUAAAGAUCUGAUGUAUAUGUAUACCUUGACGGACUUGUCGAUGAUGGUACUAUGAUUAGUACAUGGGGAGGAGCGCCGGUUAAGCAUGCCCGCGGAUGUAGACAUUGAUGGUUGAACCACUUUACCAAACUUCAUCCCUCAUCUACUUUCUGCAAUGAUCUAAUCCUGUAUAAUGCUAACAAAACAUUUAUAUUAAAUUGUAUCAAAUUUCUAGACUCACCUCAGCACACAACUUAAAAAUUAAAAUAAAUCCAUUUCUAAACAAGCCAAUGAUUUGCUAUUCAGUUUAGAUUUGAAUUUGAUAUUAUUCACACUCGGAUAUCCCUAGUUGGUUUAUCAAGUUAUGAAUCAAAUUCAGAUUUGAAGUUUCAGUGUGAUGUAUUAUGUCUGUGUAUUGCAAUAUUCAGUUUUAGAACUUCUCACAACUAUUAGGCAUGUUUUGCACAGCUUAGAGCAUUAGAUCCUACACUGACGGGACUACUAUAUACAAUUUGGUGAUCAUGUUGUUGCAUAGACCUACUCAACACCAUGAUCACACAAAAUUGAAACUGCAGACGACCAUUAUACCAACGAAAAGCUUCAAGUGAAAAAACAAGAAAAAGCCAUAGAGAACAAUUGCCAACCAUCACCAUCAAAGUCACAACCAGUUUAUACGUAGCGUUGGGGUCGCACAUAUGUUUACUAAACACUGGAGACUGUUUACUUAACCGGGGAUUUUUGUUCAUAGAAUCUGCAAAACACCGUGGCUGGUCUUGAAUAUUUUAGCAUAUGCAAGUUGGAUUUAUUUUCUGAAAUCCACAAUAGAAUAUGUGUGAGGCCUGGGCGCACAAGCGCCGAGUAUAUAUGCAGCUGCCCCAUGCAUGGAUAGGUGGAUAGCAGCUAGUAUAGCCAGCUUCUUCUUUGAACGCAGUGCAUUACAGCAGUAUAUCAUCGGUGACUCGUGAGACUAUCGUCAAUGGCGGUCCUCGCAAAGAUCGCUAUGGAGUGCGUGCAUGAUCCACUGUUGUGGCUGUUCGUCGCCUCACUUGUUUUCGUCAUCCUCCAAACACGACGGCUGGGCCGCUCGCCGUUUCCUCCAGGCCCGAAGCCGCUGCCGAUCAUCGGCAACAUGGCGCUGGUGGACCAGCUGACCCACCGUGGCCUGGGGGCGCUGGCGAAGCAGUACGGCGGGCUGCUGCAUCUUCGCUUCGGCUGGCUCCACGUCUUCGCCGUGUCGACGCCGGAGUACGCGAGGGAGGUGCUGCACGCACAGGACGGCGCCUUCUCGAACCGCCCGGCUACCAUGGCCGUCCACUACCUCACCUACGGACGGUCGGACAUGGCGUUCGCGCACAACGGGGCCUACUGGCGGCAGAUGCGCAAGCUCUGCGUCACGAAGGUGUUCAGCCGCCGCCGCGCCGAGACGUGGCUGGCCGUGCGCGACGGGUACGGCGCGCUGGCACGCGCCGUGGGCAGGCGCAGCGGCGAGGCCGUCAACCUCGGCGAGCUCAUCUUCAACCUCACCGUCAGCGUCAUCUUCCGCGCCGCCUUCAGCGCGCGCGACGAAGAAGGGCUGGACGAGUUCGUCGUAAUCCUCCAGGAGUUCUCAAGACUCAUGGGGCUGUUCCACGUCGGCGACUUCUUCCCGUGGCUCAGCUGGGUGGGCCGGCGGGGCUUCGACCGCCGCCUCCGCAUGGCGCGCGGCGCUCUCGACAGGUUUAUCGACAAGAUCGUGGACGAGCACGCGAGGAGGGGCAAGAACGCAGCCGACCCCGAUGCCGACUUGGUAGAUGGCCUGCUCGCGUUCCUCGCCGACGCGGACCCGGCCAGCGGGAAGAACAGAGAGGGCGCCAUCCGCUUCACCCGCCAUAACGUCAAGGCCAUGAUCAUGGACAUGUUAUUUGGCGGGCCGGAGACAGUGGGGUCCACAACUGAGUGGGCAAUGGCGGAGAUGAUGCAUAGUCCAUCCGAGCUUCGGCGGCUGCAGCAGGAGCUCGCCGACGUGGUGGGGCUCGAUCGGACGGUGGACGAAUCCGACCUCACCAGGCUCCCCUUCCUAAAGUGCGUCGUCAAGGAGGCGCUCCGCAUGCACCCACCCAUCCCAGUGCUCCUCCACGAGGCCGCCAAAGAUUGCGUCGUCGGCGGCUACUCUGUGCCAAGAGGCUCCCGCGUCUUGGUCAAUGCCUGGGCGAUCAAUCGCGACUGCAACGCCUGGAAGGACGCUGAUACCUUCCGUCCGUCGCGGUUCAUGCCCGACGAGGGGGAGGCCGCAGGGCUGGACCUCAAGGGCGGCUGCUAUGAGUUUGUUCCAUUUGGGUCCGGCCGCCGCUCGUGUCCUGCGCAGGGGCUCGGCCAGCACGCUGUGGAGUUUGCCGUUGCGCAGCUCGCCCACGGGUUCAGCUGGGAGCUUCCCGACGGCAUGAAGCCGGCGGAGCUCGACAUGAGCGACAUCUUCGGCCUCACCACGCCGCGUGCCACUCGGCUAUACGCUGUGCCCACACCCCGUCUUACCUGUCCCUUGUGAUUAUUGCACAAUCACUUGCUCACCGAGACAUAUCGUGUGUCGUUGGUAGUCUUUUGUUUAUAAG